CAUUACACAUUUGAAUUGAACAGCUGGAAAUUCGAUAUUUUCCAAUAUGCUGCAUAUUUUAAAUGUCGUGAUUCGUUUUGAAUUCGAUAGAAAAAUUUAAAUGGUGCUUCAGUUUAUGUGAUGCAAGAUUAAAGUGUUCAUAAAAUAGUCCUCUGAUUCAAAGUAUUCAUACAUUAUCUAUAAAUUAUUAAUAAUAAAAUGCCUGAAGACUCAGUAGUGUAUUCUGAAAGAUAUUAUGAUGAUGUUUACGAGUACAGGCAUGUUCACCUACCACCAGACAUGGCCCGUCUCGUACCAAAGUCCCAUUUAAUGACUGAGACAGAAUGGCGUAACCUCGGAGUCCAACAGAGCCCUGGCUGGCUACACUUCAUGGUACAUAACCCGGAGCCUCAUGUACUAUUGUUCCGUAGACUUAGGACUGAUGUACCAACCCCUAAAAAUUUAGAACAAAGGUUAGAUGAUUCAUCACUUAGUGAAAUAAAGUGUUAAUAUAAGGUCUGAGCAAAUAAUUUAAAUAAUCUAAUAGAAAUAGUAUAUAGCCCUGUAGAGCAAAAAGUCAUCAAGUCCCACAAUUGCUAUUUGAGAAUAGCAUAAAAAAUUAUGAAUAUUAAAAUUAUCAAAAACUUUAAAAGCUGAUUGAUAAAACAGUGGUUUUCAAUGACUUUUCGCUCUACA